AUGGCAUUCCAAUUCUUUGUGCUGUACGGCUUAGGGCUGUGUCUAGCUGCUGUUGUCCUCAAGGCCGUCUACAGGCUCACCUUACAUCCUUUGGCGCGAUUUCCAGGUCCUAAAAUUGCCGCGGUCACCAAUCUGUAUGCUGUGAAUCGUGAUCUGAUCUCCAAAGACUCGCUCGUCAAGCACUUAAAGGUGCUUCACGACAAAUAUGGGCCUAUCGUGAGAGUUCGACCGAAUGAGUUGCAUAUCUUCGACUGGGAUGUGUUCAAAGCAGGCUCCGACUUCGAUCGCCCUCGCGAAUUCUAUAAUGCGCCUCAAGUCGAAGGCUCUCUUCUCAACAUCAGCAACGGGCGAGUGGCGAAACCGCAUCGAGACCUCUUCGUUCAAGCGUUCUCCAAGGCCCAGAUUAAUGGACUUGAGCCACUGAUUCACAAGAAGGUGGCGCUUUUCCUCUACCGGCUGAAAGCUGAAGCAGACCAGGAUCGGACCAUCGACCUCGACUUGGCCUUGAACUGCCUGACAGCUGAUGUCACCAUGUAUUAUUGCUAUCAAAUGAGCCUGGGCCUUCUCGAUGCUCCCCGCUUCCGCCCCAACUUGAUUGUUGAGCUCCAUGAGUUCGCACCUAUUGUUCCCUUUUUCUGGUAUUUCCCUAACAUAGGCAAUAUCAUGAACAAAGUGAUUUUCUCAGUAUUGCCUCAUAAAGUGGUAAAGACUUGCUUUCCAGCUGCCGCGUCCAUGAUGGAUAUGAUGGCUCAAUGUAGAGCGCUGAUUACUUCUCUGGCUCAAGCACCGGUCGACUCGAAGGAGGUGACAUCGUCGAUUUUCAGAACGGCCCUCAAUCCAAACCGAGAAAAGGGGCAGUAUAUUGCAACUCCAAAUGAACUAGCGGCUGAUGCCGUUCUUAUGUUCCUCGCGGGCACUGAUACCACUGCUCAUGCACUGACAUUCGGCAUCUGGGAGAUGAUGAAAAGGCCUGAGCUUUGGACGCGGUUGCGAGAAGAAGUCGUUGGAGUAUUGCCAGAUGCGCAGAGUUUUGCGCCCCUCAAGGAUCUGGAGAGUCUGCCUUUUCUUAGAGCUGUGAUCAAAGAAUCUCUUCGAUUCUCCAUGGGGACCUCUGCGCGGCUCCCCCGAAUCGUGCCACGAAGUGGUGCAGUUCUCUGCGGAGAAAGUAUUGCUCCAGGAACCCGCGUCUCCUUCUCCCAUUACGUCUACAACAACGACCCGGCAAUAUUUACAGAUCCAUACUCAUUCCGACCUGAACGCUGGCUCGGAAACAAUGUGGAUGAGCUCGAGAACCAUAUGGUCAGCUUUUCACGCGGAAGUCGCAAUUGUAUAGGAAUGAACUUGGCUUAUGCGGAACUCUACACUACAUUUGCCCAUCUGGUUCGCAGGUUCGAUAUAAUCAACGACGGUACAGCGAAUGAGAUGAUGGAUUGGACCGAUGCAUUCACGCCCAGAUUCAACGGUAAUCUCAAGGUGAAACUACGAGCCCUCGAUUCGGGGACGGAAUAA